AUGGUUGAAUGGUGUAUUAUUGUUUAUGAUAAAGCCGACAGAUCAAAGUUCAGACCGGCCCACUUGGCUGGCAUCCCUCCUUUAGUCGAACAAGGGAAGCUGGUCUGUGCCGGUGCCAUCUACAACGAGCCAAAAGCUCCUGGCGAGGAGCGCACCUUCGCGGGCUCUCACCUGCAAGUGGUUGCAGACACUAAGGAGGAAGCGUUGGAGAUUGUCAAAGGUGACAUCUUCGCCAAGGAAGGCGUCUGGGAUCUAGACAACAUCAUCAUCUACCAGUUCGGAUGUGGUGUGCGCAAAGAGAAGAAAUUGCUCAUCUAG